UUCAUGAAUGUAUCUGAAACGGACUUCAUUAAUUUGAGCCUCUCCUGACUAGGACCACGCGAUUUGAGCUGCAAAUACUUUAAUCGUCCAAAUCCCCAUUGGGUUUUACGGACAUGCAUCAUUGACAUUCUUUUCGUCGUUCAUUUUUCUUCAGCAACUGCAUCGCCAUGCGUAUCCUUUCACUUUUUGCUUUGCUGGCCCUGGAGGCUGCUGCCCUCCCCUCAUUUGCGGCCGGGUUGAAAAGAGACACGCUCACUUCAACGUAUUGCGGUGCCCCUAACCAAUAUGAGGUCCUUUCUGGAACGCCUUGGAUCAUCUUCUCCAUGAACUACAAUUACCAGUCGAUCGAGGGAUCUUGCUGCACCGGGCUCUACUCGACAUCUGGAUCUGGCGAUGCGCAGCGCGUCCAUUGGAGCAGCAUCUGGGACAUUGAUGCGACCGUCAAUCCGAAUUUGGUCAAGGGAUAUUCGUUCAUUGGCUUGACUCAGAACUUGCAGACGCGAUUGAACGCGAUCGCAAGUAUCCCCAGCACGUACACAUGGACCGUCUCCAAUUCCACCGCCUACAAAGGCAACGUGGUUUACGAUUUCAUGACUUCCGACACUAAGGGUGAUGAAACAUCCAGUGCGGCGCAAGAGCUCAUGCUCUGGAUUCGGUACGAAGGCGGGCAGAUCCCCCUUGGUUACGACAAGGGCGCGGUCGCCACCAUUGACGGCCUGUACGGAAAGGACGGAUGGAAGUUGUACCAAGGCCUGAACACCGACACAGGCAUCACUGUUAGCUCGCUUCUGGUCCCCGAGAAUGAUCAGUUUGGCGAUGGCGUUGGAGGGACGUUUGAAGGCGACAUCAAGGACUGGCUGAUUGCACUUGCUGAUCAAGGUGUCUAUGACAAGAGUACCUAUGUCAACGUUGGUAAUGCGGGCAUGGAGCCAUUCUGGGGCACCGUCACCUUUGACAACACUCUGGGCUUGAGGAUCGACCUUUGACUGAUUGAAGCGGGUGUCUAUCUCAAUGAGGAUAGAGUGACUCUAAAUCCUCUACUUAAUUGGUAUCUAAAUGGAACGCCAUUCAUACGUGAGCCCAUCCGUUUGCAAUGAGGACCUGCAUCUCGUUAAUCAAGCAUGCCGUU